AUGAAUGCCGAGGAGCGUGCCGAAAGAGAAGCAAAUGCUCGGCGAGCAAUUGCGGUGAUUGCGCACGCGAACGAGUGCACUGUCGCGGGAUGCACCUACAAAGAUCCGAUCGGAAAGAACAACAAGUGCGUCACAUACAAGAAGGUCAUCAAGCACAUGCUCACUUGCCCGAAGAAGAUCACAAAAGAGUGUCCACUGUGCACAAGUGCACUCGUUUACCAUCGUUACCACUCGGCGCAUUGCGAGAUUGACAACUGCCAGUACCCGUACUGCAUGGAUACGAAGCUGGAGUUCGGAGAGACGCCGGAUCUGAAGAAGGCGCUCGGAAACAUUCAGUUGUAGGAUCACUGCUACUCUCAAUAAAAAAUCGAUUCGUUUCUGCUUCUCUUGUUUGUCAUCAUUCCGUAUUUGACUCAUUCGAUCGAUAUCUUCAACGUCUUUUCUUCUUUUCUUCUUUUCGCAACACUUGUUUUCACAGAUUCACAGGAGAAUGGUGCUCGGACGAUACUUUCCUCUUUGGGUCUCCGAGCUUCCUCGUGAGAAAUGUCACAUUUGUCUGAAGAACAACUUCCACGAAGAAAGAACAAAAUCGUUUUUGGCGGAGAGCGGAAUUCCGCUUCAUUCAUGCCUGGAACCGUUCAGAACAUCCACCAUUCUCCGAUCGAGUUGGGCGACACGAUGAUAUGGCCACGUGGAGUUUGGAUAAGAAGAAGCUGAAUCAAGUCCGGCUCAGCGACAACUUUUCGCGAUGAGAACAAAACACUUUUGGGCACAAAUUCGACGUGAACUGUGAACGGCGAUGAUUAUGCAAAGAGCAUGGAAAGAAAUCGAGCGGCGCAAUCAAAAACACGUCGUUGCUCUCCUUUUUCUCAACAAUAUUUCUUAAUCGAUCCACGAAUAGAAUCGGUGAGUUGGAAUUGAGACGAUUUGAGAAAAGGCGAAAGAUGGAGGUGUUUAGAGUUAAUCGAAAGUAUCAUGGGACUUCUAAAAUACAAAGACAGCUCAUCGAGUAGUGACGAAGAGAAAGUGGAGACGGAGAAGGAGAGAGAGACAGAAAACGAGUAUCGGAAACGAUUGAGGACCUAUUCGGUUGACGAGGAGGUUCUUGGGCUCACGGAGCAUUAGAAGAUGACACUUUUUUAAUAGAUAAAGUUCGGAGAGCAACUCCAGGAUGAUCUGAUCAACUCGUUCUGCGACAAGCUUCAAGCUGUGAGCCCUCGGAAGAUCGAAGCUUUGCUCGCCAUUCAAUUUCUGAUGUUUGUGAGUGCCCGGUCUACAGUAAUCCCUCUACAGUACACUUCAGAACGACACAGAAGAGAUCAAAAAGCACGUGAGUGGCGAGAAGGACGCGAUGCAGGUGCUCUACGAUCGGACGAGAAGCCACUACGUGCUUGUGCAGUAAGAUCCCAUCGAUCUUUCUACGGAACCUCAUCGGAACUGUUUUAGUUUCGACCCAAAAAUCCGGACAAUAUUUCUGAUGGACAGUCUGCAACCGUUCGGCGACGGCAAUCCGCUGGUUCCUCCAAAAACUAUGCACACCCUCAACCUUUCUUCAGGUAAUCACCGAGAUCGCCAACCAAAUCGCUCAUCUCUUCGGCCACCUCUUCGCCAGUACCAUUCCGAUUACGGUCGACAAAGAGUUUGAGCAUCAGGUACCGUAGGGUCUACCGUGAUCCCAAUGGCUUCCUUCCUUCCAGUCUGACAACUUUUCGUGCGGAUACCGAGUGAUCGGAGCGCUUGUGGACCUGGCCAGACAGCGAAACCCCGCCAAGUAUCGAUUCAUUCAGUUUCCUCUAAAAUAAGUGUGAUUUUAGCUACAAAUACAGUCGUCAGGCGAUUUUGCACUUUCUGAAAAUGGUGCUCAAUGAGCCGAACCCGACGUGGCAAAUGUUUGAGAGCGCAAAGUUUGGCGUCGAAAAGAAGUACAUGGGCAGGAGCGUUGUCACGAUGCGCAUGUCGAAUCCCGCCUUUUCCAAGUGAGACCCACAAAAGUUCGUCUGAUUUCUCUCCUCUUCUUCAGAAGCACCUCGUCGAGUCUGGCGUCGAGUCGAGCCACGAGCCGGGCUUCGAGCAGAGCUUCCAGCAGACCUUCGAGCCGCGAAUCCUCCACAUCGUCGGCGAAAGCGACGGGCAAACGGGUGAGACUGCACUACUCUGGCCAAGCGUAGAAAGCCAGUCUUAAGGCAUCCGCCGGCGGCACCGUCGUCCUCGAGAUGGACGAAGAGAUGUCGUGCUGGAGCGUCGAAGACGUGGCGAUGGAGACGGCCGAAUCGGAAGAGCGGACGGCGAUGUCCCCAUUGGGAAUGUCGCUUUCGGCGCUCGGCGGAGAAGUUCUCGGAUGGCUGCACGCGAUUUACGCGCCCUGGAAGCCGUACUUUCGUCGUGGCCACGGGAAAAUGAAUCAUUUUGACGAAUGA